UGAUCUGUUUUCGCUGUUUCCCCCUUUCUCUUCUCCAAACUCGCAUUUAAAGGUGUUUGUGAUCGUGAUGUUUUUAGUUCUUUUGAGUAUAUGUCUGGGCACUGCCCUUGCCUGGAUGAUCGUUACCAUCUUGCGGAACCGUGCCACUGUGUUGAUGCUUCAAAAACGACUUCCCAACUUUAAAGUUGUACCUGCGAUCCCGGUGUUUGGUUUGACUUAUCACUUCAAGGAUCUGAGUGCCGAAGGAUUAUUUACUACCUUCAUUGGACUCCAUAAACUGUAUGGCAAAACCCUUAUUACGCAGAGCCUGUUCAACUUGCCUUCACUGCAUGUCAGCGAUGCCAAGGUGAUUGGGCAGAUCAUGCAAGCGCGUACGGUCGAAAAGACGAUCGUUUACGACUUCAUGACUCCCUGGCUUGGAACGGGACUGAUCGUAUCGACCGGAUCGAAGUGGACCCAGCGUAGAAAGAUCAUAACGCCAGCGUUUCAUUUCAAAAUACUGGAGGAUUUCCUUGUCAUCAUGAACCACCAGUCGGAUGUGCUGAUCGAGAAGCUGAAGACGAGUGCAAAUGGUAUGGAUUGUAAUAUUUACAACCACGUGACGUACUGCGCACUGGACAUCAUCUCCGAAUCUGCAAUGAGUGUCAAGCUCAACACGCAACAGCAUCCGAACUCAGAAUACGUCCUGGCAGUGAAAGAAAUGACUGAUAUUAUCCUGAAGCGUCUAUUCUCGCUUUUUCGCGAAUACAAAUGGGCAUUCCAGUUUACCAAAGCCCAUCGCCGUCAACGAGAACUGGUGAAAGUGAUACACGAUUUUGCCUAUAAAGUAAUCAGCGAUCGUAAGAAGCAACUGUAUUCCGACGCUCAAGAACAGCAGCGAGCUCAGAAACAACUUGCCGAAGAGGACGUCUAUGGGAAGCGUCGGAUGACUCUAUUGGACCUCCUACUGAACGUUACCAUGGACGGUAAACCGCUGUCCGAUUCAGAAAUUCGGGAAGAAGUAGAUACGUUCAUGUUUACUGGUCAUGACUCGACUACCUCCAGUAUCAGCUUUACCGCGUACCAUCUCUCUCGCGACGCUUCUAUCCAACAGCGUGUGUACGACGAGAUUCUAGCCAUUGUGGGACCGGAUGCCAAAACUGUAGAGCUUACCUACGGCACACUGCAGAAACUGAAGUAUCUUGAGAUGGUGAUCAAGGAAACACUUCGCAUCAACCCUCCUGUACCGGUCAUAGGGCGUCGAUCGGCCGGUGACAUGGUGAUUGAUGGAGUGACCAUUCCAAAGGGACUCGAUUUCUUUUUAGUGAUCUACUCGCUGCACAAUGAUCCGGAACUGUAUCCCGAACCGACUCGUUUCGAUCCGGAACGGUUCGGCGAGGAAGCCUCGGUCAAGCGACCGCCAUACAGCUACAUGCCAUUUAGUGCGGGCUCACGGAACUGUAUUGGACAGCGGUACGCGAUGCUUGAGGUGAAAACUGUGCUCGUGAAGCUGCUGGCCAACUAUCAGUUGUUACCGUGCGAAGCAAGCAAUCAGCUGCGACUCAAAGCCGAUAUGACACUGAAACCGGUGAACGGUGUGUUUGUGAAGCUCGUCCGUAGAUAAGAAAUCGUUCAAACCAAUAAAAUAAUAUACGUAAGAA